AAAAUGAUUGCACCCUGAUGGAGUUUCUUCUUUUGUCUCCAGCCUUUUUUCAUACAGUAAAUAUCUCAAUACCGUAUAGAAAACUUCACAAUGGAGCCCAUUCGAAUCCUCCUUGUCGGAAAUGGUGGUCGGGAACAUACUUUGGCUUGGAAACUCAGCCAGUCUCCCCGCGUUGAGUCCAUAAUCGCAGUUCCAGGAAAUGGAGGAACCGCAAAUUGCCCAAAGGUUUCCAACGAUUCCAGCGUCAAGGGAGAUGAUUAUCCUGGACUUGUUGCAUUGGCUAAGAAACACAAUGUUAACUUGGUGAGUUUGCUGCCGUUUCCCUAGACUCAAUUCUACAAGAAUGUCUCGAGAGUGUUUAGUUUCAUUUGUAUAUUUGACUCCACAUGAUUAUUCGAUUCCUUUUGACUGUCGACUCUACUCGAUAUUUUAUUGCCCUUCGAAAGCCUUUCUGGCAAGCGAUUACUGACUUUCCCGUGUAGGUAGUACCGGGACCAGAAGCGCCCCUCGUUGGUGGGAUUGAAGAUUAUUUCCGUGCGGCAGACAUACCUUGUUACGGACCGUCAAAACUUGCUGCGCGUUUGGAAGGAAGCAAAGCAUUUUCGAAGGAUUUUAUGAAGAAGUACAACAUUCCAACUGCAGCUUACGAGAACUUUACGAAUUACGAAGAUGCGCGAAAAUAUAUUGAUAGCAUAAGUCAUAAUGUUGUCAUUAAGGCCAGUGGAUUGGCAGCUGGAAAGGGUGUUAUUAUUCCAACAUCGAAAGAAGAAGCCCACCAGGCACUAAAGGAUAUUAUGCUUGAUAGGGAGUUCGGAGAUGCUGGAGAUGAGGUUGUCAUCGAGGAGUUUUUGGAGGGUGAUGAGCUCAGUAUUCUCACUUUCUGCGAUGGUUACAACAUGCGGUCUUUACCCCCUGCUCAAGAUCAUAAGAGAAUUUUCGAUGGUGAUAAGGGUCCAAACACUGGAGGCAUGGGGUGUUAUGCACCUACCAAUAUUGCUACCAAAGAAUUGAUUGAAGAGAUCGAAAGGACCGUAUUGGAGCCUACACUUCGCGGCAUGAGAAAGGAGCGUACCAAUUUCAUCGGAACCCUUUUCACUGGCUUGAUGAUAACCAAGGAUGGACCAAAAACGUUGGAGUACAACGUUCGCUUUGGUGACCCAGAAACACAAACUUUGUUACCAUUGUUGAGUGCAGACACGGACCUUGCAGAAAUCAUGCUGGCAUGUACUCAAGGAUGCCUCGAUGAAGUGGAGAUCAAGGUCGAUCAGAAAUUCAGUGCAACUAUCGUGGUAGCUGCUGGCGGAUACCCAGGCUCAUAUGCCAAAGGUACGCCUAUGGAAGUCAAGACCCCUCCAGCCGGUUCCAAUAUAUUUCAUGCUGGUACCGUCGUCAAAGAUGGACAAUUACAAACAUCUGGUGGACGUGUUAUUGCAGCACAAGCAGUCGCAGAGACUUUGGAACAGGCCGUAAAGGACGCUUACACCACUGUCGAUUUCAUCAAGUUUGACAGAAUGUUCUACCGCAAGGAUAUUGCUCAUCGCGCAUUUAGAUCUACUCCUGCUACCAAGGAAGCACUUACAUACGCAUCCGCAGGUGUCAGCAUCGAUGCUGGUAACGAGUUCGUUGAGCGUAUCAAGAAAGCAGUCGCUUCCACCCGAAGACCAGGAGCUGAUGCUGAGAUUGGUGGUUUUGGUGGAGAGGUCGAUCAACAUAUUGCGGGUUAUUCAGGUGCUCCAAUCAUGGUUGGUGCCAUUGAUGGAGUUGGUACCAAACUCAUGAUUGCACAAUCCAUGAACAAACAUGACACAGUUGGUAUUGAUUUGGUUGGUAUGAAUGUGAACGACUUAGUUGUUCAAGGUGCUGAACCACUAAUGUUCCUCGAUUACUAUGGCUGCAGCCAGUUGAAUCUUGAGAACGCAGCAGCUUUCGUCGAAGGUGUUGCUGCCGGAUGCAAAGACGCCAACUGUGCACUCGUGGGUGGUGAAACCGCUGAGAUGCCCGGUAUGUACCAAAAAGACGAUUACGAUGCCGCAGGUACUGCCAUCGGAGUCAUGGAAAAGGAAUACAGAUUACCGAAAACAGAGAACAUGGCAGAAGGUGAUAUCCUUAUUGGGUUGGAAUCUGCAGGGGUCCACUCCAAUGGAUUCUCUCUCGUGCGAAGAAUCCUUGAAAGAGAAAAGCUCGCUUACACAGCCACUGCUCCGUGGGAUCCUUCAACAACCGCUGGACUAAGUCUCCUUACACCUACUCGCAUCUACGUGCGCUCUUUACUUAAAGUUACCAAAAAGCACUUACUCAAGGGCUUGGCCCACAUUACUGGUGGUGGCUUAACCGAGAAUGUCCCUAGAAUGUUGCCUUCUCACUUGGCUGCCGAGAUUGAUGUUGCUACUUGGCAAUUACCUGCAGUAUUCAAAUGGCUGAAGAGUGCAGGUAACGUCACAGCUAGCGAGAUGGCUAGAACAUUCAACACAGGUAUUGGAAUGGUGGCAGUUGUUAGCAAGGAGAAUGUGGAACAGGUGAUUAGCGAAUUGGAAGAGUCUGGCGAGAAGGUUUAUACCAUUGGAAGGCUGGUGAAGAGAUCAGGGGAAGGCUGUGAGUUGAAGAACUUGAACUCUUGGGAUCAACACUAGAACAUAUGAAGGAUUAGCGAUGGGAUGGAAGGAAUCAUGAAUAUAAAUGGCGUUAAGGAUUGAGGAAUACCAUGAAGUUAGAAAAUAGACACUUGAAGGACACGAAAAGUUAUGUGCUGGCUACUUUCUACUGUAGAGCUUUUUAAAUAUUACAUUUUGGAGAUGAGUUGAGAAUCUCUAGGUAUGCACACAACCUAUCUUCCAUGCCUCUAUGCAUACCGUGCC